CCUCUCGUCGCAAAAAUCUCUACACCGAAUUCGGCAUUGGCUGGAUCCUCCAAACACUAUGAAGCCUCUCUACCAAAGACUCCUCUUUGUCCUCCUCUCCACCGCUGCCCUCUGGCUGGCUCUGCGCGUAAAGGAAGCAUGGCAGCAUCGAGACGACGUGAACUUCAGCACUGCCGACGCCGGUGGAUCAGACAUCACCACGAUCAUCAACAUCGUCAAGGCGCUCAUGGAAGUAUACGCUGCGAUACCCGAUGACUACAAGGGCUGCGUGCUCUCCUCGGCCGGGGCCGGCGUCGCGGCGUGGGGCAUCAGCAGAGCAGUUCGCCCAGACGAGGGCAAUCGAAAUCGUUGUGUCGCCGUGGGCACUGCCGUGUUUGGCGUGACGACGGCCUUGUCUGUCGCGGCUGUGAAUUACCACAGCUUGCCCUCUGCGCUCAUGACUGCGCUCUGGAGCAAAGCGGACCUACGAACUUGAGGGAGGGGGUGGAGAUCCAGGUCCGGCCGCUGUGGCAGUUGGGUUUGGGGCCCUGCUGAAAGGGUUCGCAGACGCAGGUUAGGCUGGUGGUCGUCUUUUUGUGGGAUUUCAGCCGUAACCCAUCAAGAGAUCGUAUCGG